UUGUAUUUGUCAAUAAAUCCUCUCAGGAGAUAAGUAAUAUUAUGCUUCAGUCUAACGCAUUCCAAUGCAGUUAUUUAUUGUUCAGAGAUAAUUCAGCUGCAUUUAAAUUCUAAACUUUCGUCGCGUUCAGUUGGGAGACUUGUUGCUUGCGUUAAUUACCUGUGACAUAAACCAUUUAUACUGGCAAACAGUUUUUAAAAUUUCCCGAGUUGCAAUUGUCAUUUUGUUUGCAUAUACAAAACGCUUUAUUAUAGGUAUUCAGUCAGAUUUUAAUUUCAUUUUAUUUUAACGUUUUUAGUUCAUACCUUUACCAACGUGAAAUAUUUUAAAACACUUUUCUAAUGUUACACAUUUCUAUUGUCUCUCUACACUGCACUCCUCGCUCUUGCGCGCAUAGAGUCGCUGUACACCAAGAAAAUACUUUUCUAGACAUACUGCCGUCGUCGUCGCCAUUGCUGAUUUUCAUUUGUGGGAAACACUGCAGUCUUUCUUUCAGGCUGGACUAUUCGCACUUUCAUUUAAUGAUCCAGUUGCAUUUCCUUGCAUGUCAUUGCGCGAAUUAUUUUCUUGAAACAAAUCCACGUUUUGGAAAUCUUUGGACCCUCUUUCUGUGUGCAACAUAAGGAAAUCAAAACAAUGGAACCGAAAGCAAGGCUUUGGUUAAGGUACGUCUCGAUCUUUGUAUUCCUUGCGGCUGUAUUUCAGACAGCAUCUGCCGUUACUCACUACACAAUUCCAGAGGAGAUGGACGAAGGGACUGUGGUUGCAAAUUUGGUGUCUGAUUUGGGACUGGAUUUGAAAAGCCUUAGUAAACGUAAAGUACGUUUGGAUGUCGUCGCAAAUAAAAAAUAUCUUGACGUUAACAAAGAUACUGGGGAGCUGUACAUUUUAGAAAGGAUUGAUAGAGAAAAUUUAUGCCCAAUUAAAUCGGUCACGACUUGUUUGCUGAAAGUGGAUGCCACAUUAGAGAAUCCUAUUCGAAUGUUUAAUAUUGAACUUGAAAUAAUGGACAUAAAUGAUAAUGCGCCACGUUUCCGACGAGACACAAUGCAUUUAGAUAUUUCAGAGGCAACAGCAAUAGGAGAGAGAUUUUCCCUCACUAAUGCUGUGGAUCCUGAUACAGGUUCAAAUUCCGUAAAGGCAUACUAUCUCAGUGAAAGCGACCAUUUUAGCAUUGAGAUUCAGACUGGACGAGACGGAUCUAAGUUUGCUGAUUUGAUACUGAAAAAGUCAUUAGACAGAGAAAAACAAGCUUCACAUAAUCUGAUACUCACUGCUGUGGAUGGAGGAGUCCCCGCGCGCUCUGGCACUGCUAGUAUUAUUGUGCGCGUUCUGGACACUAAUGACAACGCCCCUCAAUUCGAUGAAGACAGUUAUACUAUAAAUCUAACAGAAAACGCACCGAUUGGAAGCCUUGUCGUAAAAUUAAACGCGACAGAUAGAGAUGAAGGGUCCAAUUCAGAUAUAAUUUACUCCUUUAGUCUGUAUACUUCAGAAAAAACACAGCAAACAUUCAGUCUGAAUCCUGAAGAUGGAGAAAUCAGAGUGAAAGAAAUGAUUAAUUACGAGGAUUUCAGGAUCUAUGAUAUGGAAGUUAUAGCAACAGAUAAAGGAGCUAAUAGUCUCUCUGGGAAAUGUAAAGUAAAUAUUUUAGUCACAGAUAUGAAUGACAAUCAUCCUGAAAUUUCUAUAAAAUCAUUCACAAGUCCAGUAAAAGAGGAUAUAGCUGUAAAUACAGUAAUUGCAGUUGUUAGUGUGAGUGAUAAAGACUCAGGAGAAAAUGGGCAGGUAGAUAUUCAUAUUUCUGAUGAUUUACCUUUUGCACUCAAAGAAUCGUCUGAUAAUUAUUAUGAAUUAUUAGUUUCAGAACCGUUAGACCGUGAAAAUGUUCCGGAAUAUGACAUCACUAUUACCGUGACUGACAGGGGCAACCCGCCGUUAUCUGAUAAUGAAACUAUAACUUUAGAGCUGCUGGACAUUAACGACAAUGUUCCUCAGUUCCCGCAGACCUUCUACACGAUUCCUGUUAUGGAGAAUAACGCGCCUGGAGCUUUACUGAGCUCUUUAACUGCUAUAGACCCAGAUCUCCAUGAAAAUCAGUAUCUAGUUUACUUUAUCAUAGAGAAGGAAAUAGUGAACACCUCCAUGUCCAUGCUGUUCUCCAUUAACCCCGAGAACGGCAAUCUUUACGCACUAAAGACGUUUGACUAUGAGAUAGAGAAGGAGUUUCUUUUCCACAUCGAGGCCAGAGACUCUGGUGUUCCUCCGCUCAGCAGUAACGUGACCGUUCACAUUAUUAUCAUGGAUCAGAACGACAACACGCCGCUUAUAGUGUCUCCAUGGCGCGCGCACGGCUCGGUGGUGGAGGAAAAGAUCCCGAGAUCCACCGAUAAAGGGACUCUGAUAGCCAAAGUCAUCGCCAUAGACUCUGAUUCAGUGCACAACUCUCGAAUCACGUACCAGUUUCUCCACAACACUGACGCCACAUUAUUCAGCUUGGAUCAAUAUAACGGAGAGAUCCGGACCAUGAGGAUGUUCAGUUACAGAGACUCGCGCCACCAGCAGCUGGUUGUGAUCGCCAAGGACAACGGAGAGCCCGCGCUCUCUGCUACAGUCACCAUCAAACUGUCCACGGUGGAGACCGCCCUUAAAACCUAUGCUGACAUGACUGAGGUGCCUUUGGGAUAUGACAUCUUCUCCGAUAUAAACCUGUAUCUGGUGAUCGGACUGGGCUCCGUUUCAUUUCUUUUACUCAUCACUAUUUUGGUCACCAUCGUGCUCAAGUGUCAGAAAACGAAGCCCAGCAAAGCGGCUCCUCCGUGCAGGAACAGUGUGAUCAGCGAGAGGAACUCGACCAUCGCGGAUUCCACUCUGGUCUCCAACGAUGCCUACUGGUACAGUUUAUUUCUAGCAGAGACCAGGAAAGGAAAGCUGGUGGUCAGACAGCCUGUGCCAAAGGGAGCGAGAUAUGUCGUGUCCAGUUUACCGAGGAGCACAGGACUGACCGAGACCAGCGACUCAGCUGCUUCUACUCUACAGUACUCAAAAUGAACGAGGUCCCCUUUCCCGCUGGAGGCUUCCACCACCACCAGCAGCAGCUCCACCUGAGGAUCCUCCCAACCAUUUUGCCAGAGCAGAGUAUUGAAACCUUUCCAUCAGCCUGCAUGUCUGUCCACCUGUAUUCAUCAUAUUCCCCUGCACCAUCUUGCAGAGAUGAAAUCAACCCUGAACGAUGUCUACAUCUUCACAUCAGAGUUCGGAGAGUUUGCCCAGGACUGACCAGAGGAUUGACGAAGAUCUUUUGCUUCUGAUAUUAAGAGAUACUCUUAAAUCUGAACGCUCAAGAUUGGACUUGGACUGGAUCUGUGAGGACACACACACACACACACACACACACAUGCAUAUCUUCAAACAGCACAGCUUAUGUCUUUAUCAAAGAAACUGUUCUGCAAAAACAGUAUGCUUGUGUUUGCAUGCUUAGAGUUACACGCUAUCUUCGUUAUAUUUAGGAACUGGUAAAGACAUUGGGGAGAGAAACUAUUAACAAAAUAUUCUCAUAUGAACUUGUGUGGACACUGAAUUGCAAAAAAAGAAAAAAAAAAAUCUUAAUCAGUAGAUACUAAUGACAAAUGUUUUUUUUUUUUUUUGCAAUGUGAAUUAUAGUUACCAAGCACAAAGAGGAUUAAAUGAUUCAGUCAUGUUAAAAGAUGGAGUUUGGAGCUUAUGCUAGACUGAAUUUGGACACUGAAAGCUUCUCUUUACCUGCAAUGGAUGUAUAAAGCCUUUCUUAUGUGUUUUCUUGGAACUCAUAAAGACUUCUAUCAGAAUAAUGCUAGUAUUAUCCAGUGUAUUCAGAAGAGGUCACAGCAAUGUAGUGUAGUGUUGUAUUAUGUCCGUAUUGCUGUUUGUGUCAGUAUUUUUACAUUUCAGUAUGUAAAGAAUUUAAGCUGAAUCUAAGGACUGAUCUGACUCAGAAAGUGUAGAGUAUCAUUGUAGUUAUGAUCUCUCUUAAUAUGAUAGAGUAUAGUGGAGGCUGUAAAAUCACCAUGACUGCUUCCUCUGUGGUGUCUGGUGACAUUCAUGAAUGCACAAACGCAAACACAGCACAGUGAUGUCAUAGUGCAGAUUCAGAUAUCUGAAGGUCACAGAGGUUUCUAAGAUGAGUUUAGGAGAUUCAGUAGCCUCUCCCGAUGCCUAAGAUUUCUGUCUCCGAUAAAACCCCACUGACUUCUAAUAGAGACUGUUAAACAGUGAGUUCCUUCAUUCUGUCCUUUAUAAAAAGACCACAAUAUUUCAGAGGUAAAGACUUGCAUCAACCAUCAGACUUCAUUAAAUCUUUGAAAUAAGGCUAAUGUAAAGAGCACUCAAGGUGGUGAUGGGUUUUAUUUGCUUUAAAACAAGAAAAGAUAAGAACUGCUAAUGUUUACUUAUCAACCGUAUAAUUAUCCAGUAUUAUGAAAUGUGUUUAAUAUUUAUGGAAAUGCUUUGGGGAAAAAAUGAAAAUACAUUGCUUUGUGCAUUGAAGUGCACUAGCCAAAUAUUAUUUAUUCCCUUUAUUUUUAACAUGUUUAUUUUCAAUUCCUGGUGUUAAUAUUAUGUAUUAAUAUUCAUGCAUUAAUAUAAACUUUCAUAUUGCUUUUUUUUUAUUGCUGAUGUUUUGUAUUUGCUGGCUAUAUCAGUUGUGCAAUAUAUGGACAUCAAUAUUUUAUUUCAGUGAACAAUAUGGUAUUGUUGUUUUUCUGAUAGUUUCCAGCCUUUCUGGGGUGUCAUUUAUUCCUAACUUCCUGAGGGUAUGGCAGUUUUCCCAGGCAGGUCAAAAGGUCAAGGUGUCACGGGGUCAGUUCAGUGACUGGCUCGCUCUGUAAUGCACAGUAUGUGUGUUUUGUCAAAGCAAUGCUGAAUUACAAAAUACAUCUGCCCAGUUGUAAUUUGAUUUUCUGUUUUAGAGAAACAAAUGCUGGAUGUUUACGUGUGGUAUUUUAAACAGGAAGUAAUCAUUUUAAGGCUUAGUUGUCUCAGAGGAUUGGCUGAUGCUCAGACAUGACCAGUGUUGUAAGAUAACAUUAUGUGAGACAAUCAGAGGGAAAGAAAGAUACAUUUUAGUAAAAUGAUAAAAUAUUAAGGAACAGUAUAUCUGUCAGUAUGAGCAGCUGUAAGUAGGUCACUCAUCUCUCUCUGCACAGAAAAGUGUCUAAUUAAUUUAUCACAAAAUUUUGUGAUAUAAAAAUGGACUACCUAUAUACAGCACUGCCCUGUAGUCCAUGUUUAUUUUUCUUUCCCCUGCUGUCCAAUUAAUCUUUAUACAGACAAGCAAAUGUUUUUCUAAUUCAUUUUCUACCAGCAUUUGUGCUCUAAAGCAGACCAGCUGCCUACUUAAAACUGAACACAUACAUGAUGUGCCUCAGAGAAACUACCAGACCCUCUUUGCUCAUGAGUAUCUACUGAUGUAUUUGUAUUUCAUGUUUAAAAUAGAUAAAAACUGAGUUAAAAAAAAUUGUGAUUUCUGUAAUUUUCUGUGUAUUUCAGAAGUACAUAACUUGAUGGGACAUUGCAUUUGUAAUAUGAUUUCAGCUUUUAAAUGACUUCUCAGUAUGUAAGUAGCAAUCAACCUGUAUCCCAAUUGAAUACACGCACUGGAGUAAAAUAAAUAAAUAAAAUUAAAAC